AUGGCUGCCCAAGAGGUAGAUGUUGAGAAAAAGGUGCCGUCGGCUGUCCAGCCGGCGUCGUCUGCCGAUGCUGUUCCUCCACCAUAUGGUGAAUCGGGCGCGCCUGAUACCGAUAUCGAAGCGGGCACUUUGAAGCGAAAUCUCAAGGGCCGUCAUAUGCAGAUGAUUGCUAUCGGUGGUGCCAUUGGUGCUGGUCUAUUCGUCAGUACGGGACAGGCUCUGCGGGAGGGAGGUCCUGGCUCUCUGCUUCUCGGUUAUUUAAUUGUUGGUUUCAUGUUGUUGUUGACUGUUCAAGCACUGGGAGAAUUGGCUGUGCUCUACCCUCAAAACGGUGCUUUCUUCGCUUAUUGUGUCCGGUUCAUUAGUCCUUCCUGGGGUUUCGCCGUCGGUUGGGACUACGCACUUAAUUGGCUUGUCAUUUUACCUUUCGAACUUACCGCUGCUAGUAUCACUAUUCAAUACUGGCGAGAUGAUUUGAACAUUGGUAUUUGGAUCGCCGUGUUUUUGGUUGUCCUAUCCGCCAUCCAGAUCUUUGGUGUUAGAGGCUAUGGUGAAGUUGAAUUCGCUCUCGGUGUUAUCAAGGUCACCGCUGUCAUCGGCUUCAUCAUUCUCGGUAUCGUCAUCGACUGCGGUGGUGCACCAAAGGGAGGAUACAUUGGAGCGAAGUACUGGCACGACCCGGGUGCUUUCACUAGCUUCUACGGCUUCUGCACAGUCUUCACCACCGCCGCAUUUGCCUUCAGUGGAACAGAGUUGACCGGUCUCGCCGCUGCCGAAGCCGCGAACCCCGCCAAGUCAGUCCCCAAGGCCUGCAAGCAAGUCUUCUGGCGUAUCAUGAUCUUCUACGUCCUCGGAACGUUCAUUGUCGGUCUCAUCGUCCCCUACAAUGCCGCCUAUCUCCUCGGUGCCUCCGGCUCCAACACCAAGGCCUCCCCCUUCGUCGUCUCCAUCCAGAACGCCGGUAUCUCCGGUCUUCCCUCAGUCAUGAACGCCGUCAUCACUAUCUCAGUCAUCAGUGUCGCCAACUCCGCGACUUACGGAUCUAGUCGUACGAUUCAGGCCCUGGCCGGUCGCGGCAUGGCACCCAAGUGGAUGGCUUACAUUGACGGAAAGGGUCGCCCUCUUUACUGCAUCCUCCUCCAGAUCUGCUUCGGUUUCCUCGCAUUCAUCAACGAGGCCUCCAACACCGGUGACAUCAUCUUCGAUUGGCUUCUGGCUUUGUCCGGUAUUUCCAACUUCUUCGUCUGGGGCAGUAUCUGCUUGGCACACAUCCAGUUCCGCAAGGCCUGGAGCCACAAUGGUCGUGACGUGAACGAUCUCGCUUACGUUGCCCCCUUCGGUGCUAUUGGUAGCUGGAUUGGCUUGAGUCUUAACGUCCUCUGUCUUAUUGCCGAGUUUUACGUGUCGGUGUAUCCCAUGAACGCCGAGGACUUCUUCAUGAACUACCUUGCUGCUCCGAUUGCCAUCGGCUUCUUCAUCUUCUGGCAAGUGUACACAUACUUCAACAAGGAUCCUUCGCUUGAGCGUGGAGGCUGGUUCACCAAGAUUGAGGACAUUGAUGUCUACAGUGGAAUGCGUGACGGCAUCUUGGAUGUCGAUCUCCCACCCAAGAUCGUGUACCCUACCUGGGGUGCUUGGUUCAAGGCGGCUCCUAUGAGAGUUUUCCGUUCUUUGAUCUAG